UGGUUGUACAAGUACUGACUGCGAACCCUUGCGAACCGCAGCGCUUACCGAAUCAGCGCAGCCUACCGAAUAACCGGAGCGUUAUUCCCUUUCUUUAAACUUUCAUUCAGCUUGCGUGAGAGCGAAAACAUAGUAUACCCAGCCGGACUGCCUUUAUAUACCUCCAUCUACAAUCCACACAACGCUCUUUCAACAAUGGCUAAAGUCGAAACGAUAGUCUUUCUGUCGCUAGUGCUGGAUCUCUUUGCUUUCACCAUUCCACUUCCACUCUUUCCCAGACUCAUCGAAUGGUACACCACUAGGGAAAUAUCAAAUCCCAAUGGCUUUCUUUCACAGACUCUACGAUUUGUGUCAGCCAUUCGAGGAUUAUUCUACAAGCCCUCGUUGCACUCUCAGAAAUGGGACAUUGUCCUGCUAGGUGGUCUGAUGGGUUCAGUUUUUUCUCUGCUGCAAUUUAUAGUCUCUCCUCGAAUUGGUUCCCUUUCCGAUAAACAUGGCCGCAGGAAGGUCUUACUCUUCACUAUGAUUGGAAACAUCCUUUCAGCCUUGGUAUGGAUCAAAUCCACGACGUUCGCAUCGUAUAUGUUGUCGCGAGUUAUCGGAGGCCUUAGUGAAGGAAAUGUUCAGCUUGCAAUUGCUAUCCUUUCCGAUGUCACCACUCCCGAAAAUCGUUCUAAAGCAUUAGCCCAUGUCGGCAUAGCAUUUGCUAUAUGCUUUUGUAUCGGUCCUCCCAUUGGAGCUUACUUCGCAUCAAAGCCACUACCGGCUGCAAAUACAUUCGGGGUCGAGUUCAACAUCUACGCGGUCCCGGCUAUCAUCACUCUUAUCCUGCUAUCUGUGGAAACCGUCUUUCUCAUCGUUGCUCUACCUGAAACUAGAGGGAAAGGUAUCAAACCCGUCGAGAAUAAAAGCAAGAGCAACGGAAAGUCAACCAAUGGCGCGACGAUACCUAAAUCAAAGACCAUCGAACAACGCAUAGAAAUCCUCAAGUCCCUCCGCACCCUUCAUCUUCUCUUUCUCGGUAUAUUUUCAGGAGUAGAAUUCACUUUAACUUUCCUGACAUUCGACUUGUUCGAUUGGGAUAACAAGCAGAAUGGUAUGCUAAUUGGUUCCAUCGGAAUCAUUAGUGCCCUUUUACAGGGUGGGUAUGUUCGACGAGCUACGUCAAAGAUUGGUGAAGGCGUAAUGGCUCGACGUGGUGUUUCAAGCUGUGCACUGGCCCUGGUGUUCUUGGCUAUUUUACCAAUUUAUGUAUCCACAAAUUUUACGCUGGCUCUGCGUCUACUACAACUUGGCGCUGUAUGUAUGGCGUUCACUUCAGCGACAGUGGUGACCUCUCUGACAGCCUUUGCAUCCCUCCAAUGUGAUGAAGGGGGCUUUGACAUAACCACUGGCAAACCAGUUAAAGUCCAUCCCCAGCUUGCUAAAGGCAAAGCCCUUGGCAAGUUUAGGUCCUCUGGCCAAUUAGGGCGCGCGAUAGGCCCAUUGAUAGCUUGUGCCUCAUAUUGGACUGUUGGUCCUAUUUAUACAUAUGCCACAGGGGCUGUAGCCAUGUUUGCCUUAUCGAUGCACAUGAGAAAGAUAGCAGGAAAAUGAAUGUAGGAGUUAUGAAUGAGAGGCUGUAUCUGUUAAUUUUGUUCAGGUGGAAAGUUGGAAAUAAUGAUGUUCGUAUCGUACUCUAUCCAAAAUGUCUCUCUAGUCCUAUCUCUGGCAAGUAAUAAGUAUUAGUGGUCAUUGGACAUGAGGUAUUCAAGAUACGCAGGGUAUAAUCUGGUAUAAUUGAAUAUAUAUCUCAUCAAUUGUAGAGUAUGUGGAGCAAGGCU